CUGACUCUGCAGCCCAAAGCAAUGACUUCUCCGGAGCGGCGAAAGUCUACGGGUGGGACAGCACCAUACAAAGUCUUCAUUGGAAAACACAGCUAUGGCAAAUUCAAGGACCAUGCAGGUCGUCAUUACGAUGUUGUCGCGAGUCGAGCUGGCCCCAACGCGGCUAUCGUGAAACUCAGCAUUCAGUUAUACUGCUUGGGUGAGCCAAAGUUCGAUCCCCACGGUAUGGGUUCCUCUCUGUUGCAUUCCGAUGCUGUCGAGGGCUGGGGUAAUGCUCGUAAUCAUUGGCCGCGUAUUGAUGUAUACACGGGAUUUGACACCGUGGAAGAAUGCAUAGAGCAUCACCGUCGCGAGAAAGCGUUCCGCAAAGAGGCCAUCAAGAAGAUGAAGGAUGACGCGGUGACAGGAUUAUCGGAAGCCGAGGCAAAAGAAACGUUGGCUACAAAGAUACAAGGAAAAGAACCUCUUCCGCAUAUCGUGCCGUCUUGGUGUGAAUCGGCCAGAUUCGUUGAGAAUAGGUGGUGGAUUGGAGAUCGUUACAGGAGCUGGAUCUUGGUCAUACCAGCUGAAAGAUCCUCUUGGGAAGACGUUAUAGACAAUGGGCUGCUGCAAGUCAAAUUUGACUUGGACGUAUCUCCCGCAUUGCUUGUCUCCGAGUCGCAGCUGUUUAUAAAUACUCCAGAGGGAGAAGACGGUUGGGUUCUCGUGGAGAAGACUGGCCUCGAAAACCUCAAACCUGUUGAUAUUCUACGCCUUUGCGCCAGAGAAGAAGGCGGAGCAUCGGAGAGCACCCCAGGAAGCGAUAAGACACUCUUUAAUGCUUGGUAUGAUGCGACAAUGCAGCUUCGGGGUUGCACUUAUAUGCCGACAGGAUGCAAGGGCUGUCGUACCAAUGAGCCGCAUGAUUACUGUGAGCAGGACAUGGACGAGCACUUUAAUGAUGAGGAUGGGCAAUGUUUGGCUUGUGUAAGGGAGUAAAAGGAAGAAGAGCGGCGGAGAAAGCAGCAGGAUAAGCAGACUACCGUAGAUGAUGUUGGCUUAUGAAGCUUGCUUACGAGCCAUGUCGGCUUUCGCCAAGACACCGAGACGCACCUUGUUUUAGUAAAGCAAUAUAUUUUCACGACCAUACACUUGAGGGUGGAAAUACAACUUCAGGCUAAGUUUGAUCUCACGGAUACUUCUCAAAAUCCUGCAUCUCAUCAGUAUCACACAGAUGACGUCAGCAAUGCUGACGGUGAGGAAUAAAUACAACACACUGACUUCGAG